AAUUUCCAAAUAUAAUUGGGAUGAACACCCUUUCUUUGUCAAUUCAUUUACAUUUUUUUUAUUAUAGAUUUGGAAGUAGGCCCUAGAUGUCAGUAGGGGUAUGAAACACAACUAAAUAAAAACAACACCAAAUAUAAUCAAAUGAGUUCAUUUUUCAAAUUAUCAUGGUUUUAUUUCGUUUUUUCUCGAAGAAAAGUGACCUUAAUCUCUGGCUUAAAAGGGUAGUCUUGUCUUUUUCAUGUUAAGGGUAGUCUUGUAAUUUCCCUAUUGGUUUGUUUUCUACCAUUUAUUGUAUCAAUCGAUUGAAUAAUAAAAUAUUGAGGAAAAUCAGAUUGGCUAAAAUGGUAUUAAAGUGUGGCUCUGUCUAAUCCUGUCGUCGCCACGCUGCUUCCGUUUCCAUCGCCACUGUUGUCGACGUCUUUACUGUAGUCUCUGCCGCUGACAGGAAUUCCUUCGUCUCUACUUCGACUUCUGCAGAACUUCUUCAGAUCGCAUUCUUCACAGAACUCGAAGCAUUUUAGCCUGAAACUUGUUGGUAUCAGCGUUAGCUUCAGUUUCUAACGCUGUUUCAUCCCUCGAUUCACGUCGACUCUCUCGCGAACACCGUUGUUCUAGCAAAGUCAACCUCGGUCGUUUUGUGUUCAAUCUUACAUUCUUUGUUUUCUUUUCUUUUCUUUUCUUUCUUUCUUUCUUUUUUUUUUUUUCGCUUCAGGCAAAGUUUUUUUUCUUCAGGUGAGGCUGUUUUGCCAUAUGGUUAAUGGCAGACGACGAACUAUUGAAUCCGAUUUCGUUCGCAUCUGCCCCUUCUCAACCGACUAUCAACAAUUAUUUGGAUCCCUACCACCUUCACCACACAAACAACACAAGUUUCAUUUUGGUUUCAGAUCUACUCACUGACAACAACUAUGUUUCGUGGAGUCGAUCAAUGAUUAUUGCUCCACAGUGAAGAACAAAAUUGGCUUCGUUGAUGGAACUAUUUCCAAACUAGAUCACGAUUCUUCUCAAUAUCAUUCUUGGAUUAUAUGGAACCAUGUUGUUAUAGCGUGGAUUCUCAAUUCGAUUUUUAAAGAAAUAUAUGCAAGUCUUUUGUAUUUUAACAAUGCCAAAGACAUUUAGGAGGAACUUUAAGAACGUUACCAGAGGAAGAAACGACCAGGAAUUUUUCAAUUAUGUCGAGAUCUCUCCGAUUUGACACAGGACCAACAAUCUACAAAGACUUGUUUCACUUGGUUGAAGACCUUAUGGCAUGAAUUGGCCUCUUAUCACCCCUUGUGCACCUGUGGCACACUUGUGGAGGAGUGAAAAAUCUGACUGAUUUUUAUCAAACUAAAUAAGUGAUGUGCUUCCUCAUGGGAUUGAAUGACUUUUUUGCUCAAGUUGUUUGUUACUCAAGAAGUUGAACAACGCUCUGUUUCUAUCUCCUUCCAUAUGUCUCAAAUUCCUGCGGCCUUUGUUGUUAAGAAUACAUCAUCUUCCCCAAAUACUCAGUAUUCGAAGCCACAAAACUCCACUAGACAUAAUAGACGUCAAGAUAGUUCAAUAUGCACAUAUUGUAACAUUCCAAGGCAUAUCACAGACAAGCGUUAUAAACCCCAUGAUAUCCGUUUGGUUAUCGUGAAUGUAGUAAUCAACAUUCUACUCCUUCAUCAUCUUCUAAAGCGACAAAAUCCUCCAUUUCAUCAGCAACCAUAAUUUGUUCUUCUGUUUCAGUUGAUCCUAUGACUUCUUUCAGUACUGAGCAGUGUCAAAACCUCUUAGCUAUGUUAUAGACUCGUUUGACUAAAGCAGCCUCCUCAGAAACUAGUCAGAGCACUCUUCAUGUUGCAGGUCAACACUCCAUUGGAUACAAGUGGAUAUAUUAAAGUUAAAUAUCAUUUUGAUGGCACCAUUGAGCGUUACAAAGCUAGCUUGAUUGCAAAAGGAUACACUCAACAAGAAGGCCUUGAUUACAUUGAGACUUUUUCACCAAUCGCCAAAAUGUUGAAGGCUUUGAGGGAUCGUCGUUACUUCUUGGGACUUGAACUGAUUCGUUCUGCUCAAGCUUGACAAUGUCAUCUUGAUGCCGCCCAUCAUCUUAUUCGAUAUUUGAAGGGCUCUCCAGGUCAGGGGAUUCUUCUUCACCCUUGUAUUGAUUUUCAGCUUAAGGUUUACUCAGAUUCUGAUUGGGCAUCUUGUAUGGAUGCUCGUAAGUCCACAACAAGCUUUUGUGUGUUCAUAGGUGAUUCCUUUAUUUCUUAGAAGGCUAAGGAGUAGUCGACUGUCUAGAUCCUCAGCUGAACCUAAAUACAGAGCUCUUGCUGUUACUACUUGUGAAAUUAUUUGGAUCUCACAAUUACUUAAUGAGUUAUAAGUUCAUUUUACUUCAACUGCUCUCAUUUUUUGUAAUAAUCAUGAUGCUUUUCAUAUUACUACUAACCCUAUGUUUCGUGAAA